AUGGAGGGGACGACGCAGAUUGUGUCCAUCGUCGGGCAGCUGGUGGGGGAGGAGUACCGGCAGCUCCGCGAUGUAGCCGGCCAGGUGGCUGAGCUCAGGGACGAGCUGGACACCAUGAACGCCAUCCUCCGCAUGCUGUCCGAUGCCGACGAGGGCGCCGUGGACCACUUCAUCCGGGCGUGGAUGAAGCAGGUUCGCGAGCUCGCAUACGACGCGGAGGAUUGUGUUCACCUUUACAUCCUCCGCAUCCGGUGCCGGCCGAGAGACGGCUUCCUCGUCUGGUCCAAGCGCAUCCUCACGACGCUCUUCCCUCGCCGUUGGCUGGCUCGUGAGAUCCAGGAGCUCCGCGCCCGUGCUGUCGUGAUCAGUGAGCGUCAUGCGCGUUACGGCGUCAGCCGUAAGGCGCUGAGCCGCUCUACUUCUCCUUCUACCUCUGCGCCGGUGCUCCGCCAUGCGCGCAGCCUGGCAGCAAACGACCGUGACCAUCUCGUGGGCAUCACGGAGCAGGCUAAGGAACUGGCCACGAUGGUUAAGGCUGUGAUUAACAGUGAGCGUGACAUGAAGCCCAAGGUGUUCUCCAUCGUGGGGUUCGGAGGGCUCGGGAAGAUUACGCUGGCCAUGGAGGUGUGCCAGCAGCUGGAGGCGGACUUCCAACGCCAAGCACAAGUCUCCGUGUCCCAGGCGUUCCGCGGCACAAAGGAUAUGGAGGGACUGCUGAGGCGCAUGCUUCGUCAAAUCGUCAAGCCAAAAGUAGAUAACGCGCAAGGCAUCAAGGAAGAAGAACCCCUAGAUGACAUCGACAACAAGGAUGAAGACGACCUCACUAACAUGCUCAAGGAGCUUCUCAAGGACAUGAGUAUGAUCACCAAUUCGAUCGUGACGAUCGACGUUAGGUCCUGUUCUGCCCUAAACAUAAUUUUAGCGUUGUACCUCAUUGUGGUGGACGAUGUAUGGACAGUAGCAACAUGGGAUGCAAUCAAAUACAGGUUGCCAGACAACAACCAAGGCAGCCGGAUCAUUGUGACCACUCGGAUAGAUACUGUGGCUGCAGCAUGCAGUGGUGCUAGCAGUGUUAAUGAAAAUUGCGUUUAUCGGAUUAAGCCCCUCAGUUUGGAAGACUCCAAGAAGUUGUUCCUCAGCAGAGCAUUUGGUCCCAAGGUUGCCUCUUGCCCCAAGGGUCUGGUAGUUGAAAUGCACAAAAUUUUGAAAAAAUGUGGUGGACUUCCAAUGGCAAUUAUUAGCAUCGCAGGCCUCUUGGCAAGCUACGAAUCAUCGGAGAGCAAAGAUAUGUGGGAAAGAGUUCACAAGUCGAUUGGUUCUCACAUGGAGAGCCACCCUACCCUUGAGGGGAUGAGGCAAAUAGUUACUCUCAGCUAUAACCACCUCCCUCAUUACCUUAAGGGUUGCAUGAUGUACCUCAGCAUUUUCCCAGAGGAUUAUGUCUUCGCCAAAGAUCGUCUCCUGAAGAGAUGGAUAGCAGAAGGACUAGUUACUGAGGUCCGGGGUUUGACCUUAAUGGAGGUUGCAGAAGCCCACUACAAUGAGUUGGUGAGUAGAAGCAUGAUUGAUCGGUCCAGUGAUGUAGUCACCUUCUAUGAUGGGAGGUUGGAGAUGUGUCGGGUGCACGACAUGAUGCUUGAGGUCAUGGUGAACAAAUCCCUGGAGUUUAACUUUGUUAGCCUAGUAGGUGGUCCGUACAAAGGGAUGGCGUAUUAUAGGAUUCGCCGCCUAUCCAUCCAUGGUGGUGAAGAGACAGAGGGCUCUCCAUCUAAUAGAACUGCGGCAUGUCUUAGUAAGACAAAUGGCAUCGAGGGGGUGAAGAUGGAUCAUGUCCGAUCGUUGAGCCUAUUUGGCCCGGACGAUCACAGAAUGGUGCUUGAUCGUUUAGGCGAGUUCACCCUGCUCAGGGUGCUCGACCUGGAAGAUUGCAUGGGCCUAGAAAACAAGCAUUUGAAACAUGUCUGCCGGAUGUACCUGCUAAGAUUUUUGAGCAUGAAAGGUACAAGUAUCGAGAAGAUGCCACCAGAAGUCGGUGACCUAGAGAAUUUGGAGACCCUUGAUCUACGUCACACGCUCCUGGAAGAUCUACCGGAAACUGUGUCAAAGCUAGAGAAACUUGAACACCUGCAAAUCAGCAGCAGGCGUUACUUUUACGGUGAUAGUUGGACUGCACGCAAGGGCCUGCGUAGGAUGAAGGCACUACGGACGGUGAAUGAAGUGGUUUUUAAAUGUGAUGUUGAUGCUGCCAAAGAGCUCGGUGAACUACAACAGCUGAGAGAUUUACGUAUGGCCGUUGUCAGCGAGCCCCCUAAUGAGGAAGCUAAGAAAAAGCUUGCUGAGUCCCUGAGCAAGUUAUAUUCCCUCCGGUGGCUCAACAUUAGUGACCGUGGUCCGGACAAGGAUGUAUUGAACUUUCUGCAUAAUGUCAAGCCCCACCCGCCGUACCUCCAGUAUCUAAGGAUCGGCUCCCACAUUGACAAAUUGCCCGAGUGGGUCGAGUUUCUGCAUGAUCUUGUCGAGCUUUCCGUUGCUUGGACAUACUUUGGUGGUGACCAACUGUUCAGCCCAAUAUGUAAUUUGCCCAAGCUGAAGUACUUAGACUUGGACGCGUACUGCUACCAAGAUAAAGAGCUGGUUGCACAAGCUACCCAGAGCUUUCCGGCGCUCAAGGACCUGUACCUGAAAUUUGAGAAUGGAGCUGUGGAAGUUCUCCGAUUUGAGGAAAGAUCAAUGACAAAACUUGAGUCACUCAGAGUGAGAUUCGCAACCACAGAUUCUAAGAGCGUAACUGGCGUCGAGCAUUUGACAAGCCUUAAAGAGGUUCAGCUCAUUGGUAAGAAAAACAACUCUUCAUUGGAUGAUACAGUGGGGCAGCUAAAGACACUGAAUGAGAAGCGCCCGGAUCAGCAGCUCAAGGUUGCAGUGAAAUACGAGUGA